AGUUCUUACAUGCAAACCCUAAAACCGUCCUCCAUUUGGCAAUAUUUGUUCUGAUAUUUUCUGCAGUUUUUUGGUUCUUUAUAGAUCACAACGAAGUACCUCUACUGGUGUUAUACUUAUGUUAUCCUGCUCGUGAAGUCUAAAGCAACAGACCUGAAAGACUCCAUUUCCCCCCAAAACAGUGGUGACAUAUUCAGCUCAUCUUGACAUGGCAGGCCAGAGGAAUAACUUUGGGAAGAGAAUGCAAUCGGAAUCUGACUAUACUAGGAAUGACGGAAGUAAGAGAAGGAAUCCAACUGAUGAAAAAGAAUCAAAUUCCAUUGGACCAGAGGAUACUGUAUUCCGUUAUUUGUGCCCCACAGGAAAAAUUGGAAGUGUCAUUGGAGUUGGUGGGGACAUUGCAAAACAAUUGAGGACUGAAACUAAUUCAAAGAUUAGAAUUAGUGAGACUAUACCUGGAUGUGAGGAGCGUGUGGUAACUAUUUAUAGCUUGAGUGAAGAAACUAAUGUCUAUGAAGAUACUGGUGACCUGAUUUCACCUGCUCAAGAUGCUCUAUUGAAGGUGCAUGACCGAGUUUUUGCAGAAGAACUGCGUAUGGAAGAAGACCUAGAGGAUCCUCAGCAGAUUACAAUAAGAAUGCUUGUCCCAUCAGAUCAAAUAGGUUGUGUGAUAGGGAAAGGCGGACAAGUAAUCCAGAAUAUGCGCAGUGAAACAGGCGCACAAAUUCGGGUCUUAAGCAGUGAGCACUUGCCACCUUGUGCCUUAAGCUCCGAUGAACUUAUCCAGAUAACUGGAGAAGGUGCAGUUGUUAAAAAAGCACUUUAUCAAGUAGCAGCGCGUCUCCGUGAUAAUCCAUCACGGUCCCAACAUCAAUUGCUGUCGUCGCCCAGCAUAUAUAGGUCUGGUGCUGGACUUGUUAAUCCUCAUGCGGGUCCCCAAGUCAUGGGCAUGACAUCAUUGAUGGGUCCUUAUGGGAGUUACAAAAGUGAUGGUAGAAGUCGAUCUGCUUCUGUAAAAGAGUUUGCAGUUCGUUUAGUUUGUCCAACUGAAAAUAUAGGAGCUGUAAUUGGCAAAGGUGGAAGCAUUAUCAAACAGCUAAGACAGGAAUCAGGUGCAUCUAUUAAAGUCGAUAGUGCUGCAGCUGAAGGAGAUGAUUGCAUUAUAUUUGUAUCAGCUAAGGAGGCAUAUGAAGAUCAAUCCCCAACCAUUGAUGCAACAAUGCGCUUGCAACCAAGAAGUAGUGAGAAAACUGAAAAAGAUUCUGGCGAUGCUAUUCUGACGACUCGCCUGCUUGUACCUAGCUCACGAGUCGGAUGCCUAAUUGGUAAAGGUGGUUCCAUUGUUAAUGAGAUGCGAAAUACCACAAGGGCGAGCAUCCGCAUUCUUUCGAAGGAAAAUCUUCCUAAAGUGGCAUCUGAAGAUGAUGAGAUGGUGCAGAUAACUGGAGAUGUUAAUGUUGCUGGCAAUGCGUUAUUACAAGUACUUAUGCGGUUGAGGGCCAAUAUAUUUGAGAUGGAGGGAAGUUUUGCUGCAUUUUCUCCUCCCGUUUCUUACCUCCCCUUGUCUCCAAGCAUGUCAGAUGGUUCAAGAUAUGCAAACCGUGAUAAUAAAUCACGUCGGCAUGGUUAUUCAUCAUAUUCUGGUGGACAUGAUUAUAAUGAUUCGUCUCCAAGUGAUAGUUAUGGUGGUUCACAGGUUGGUGGUGGAGGUGGUUAUGCAUCAUAUGGCGUUUAUUCCUCUGGGCGAUCUAGUAGUGCAGGCUUUUCAAUUAUUGAACCAAAGUUCAAGAAAGUCCGGUUUCCGCAUUUCAGGAGGUUGGUGAGUAGGCAUGAAUAUGCUUUCAGACAUUUGCUAAUUUUUUCAUUGAUCUGGAAACUAGAGAGAGCAAGAAUUCAACGUGAGACAGAUUUUAAGAUUUUUGGUAGAAAACAUAAACAUACAAAUGUCAAAUAUUUUGAGGAGAAAAGAAGCCGGUGGUAUCGUGCUUAGCCAGUUAACGUCAUCCUUAUACUAGCAAGAGAGGUGUCUUAGCCCAUUACAACAAAGGGAUAUUUCUUUUGAUGAAAUAACAGGACAUUUUGAUUAGACCAGUGUAAGUUAUGAUAUGGAACCAUAUCGCAUGUAUUGCCAACUGUUUCUUUUUGCCUUUUUAGGGCUUUAUAUGAAGCUCAUAUCUGGGUUGUGGUGGCUUUACAGCUAUUGGAAUAACUGGGAUUCCAUGUUUAAAGUGUAUUCUUUCAUUAGCUACCUAUUUAUUCUCUGAGCAUGGAUUGUGUGUGGAGAAAAACGGUGUGUGUUGUACGAUAUAGAUUUAUUUAUUGCCUUCUUUUUGCUUCCCGGUGCUAAUUUAGAACUCUAGGCUGUACUUUCAAAGCGGAUCCAAUUUCUUAUGUUUUCUGGAAUUCAUGCCCCAAUAACAAGAUUAUUACUAGUCUGCUGUUUGCAUGUUGUGUUAAAAUUCUAUAUGGGACGGUCUGCUGGUAGAGAGAUGUGUGCAUUUUUGGCCCAAAGAUGUGAUGUUUCACCCUAUCUCAAAUUGGUGAAAAGUCCGCUAGCACACAAGCAUGCAGCAAUUGAUUGUUCUAUGUUCUGGACCGAAUGACUACUCAAAUUGAUGAGACAGCUCGCCCCGUAACAAAAAAGAAGAGAGUUGCAAAAAGUUUCUAGUUUCUACCUACUUUUCAAAGAAAUGUGAAUUUUCUUUGGCGUAUUUACAAGCUAGCUAAGGUUUGUGUCUAUUCAAUUCCAGCAAUCUGACUGUAGUUGCAAUGCUGAAUGAACGAUAUUUCUGAGUGUCUGCAUUGAUCGUUUGGAGACACAGUUGUCUUCAGUUUCUUGUUUCGUUGGAGCUCUGAAGUUGAAUAGUGUUUACUAAAGUGGAGUUCAAUUGAAUUUUCUAUUUCCUGGGGAUUUACAACCUCAGUUAA